CACAGAGAAGCCAUAUAAAAACUAAUGGGAGAGUUAAUACGCAGAUAGCUAAAGCUUUGCAGUCCGCACAGCCGGGGGAAUAAAAAAAACAGGACGGGAGGAUAAGAAAUUGAUCACAUCUGCAAUCUUUUUCUCUUUAAGAAGUGAGCUUGUAAAUUACGAUGGCUGAUGAAAAUGCCAACACUAAAUGCAAUAGUUUUAACGUUUUGAAUUGGGAGCAAGUGCAGCGGCUGGACAGGAUCCUAACGGAGACGAUCCCGAUUCACGGGCGAGGAAACUUCCCGACCCUGGAGGUGAAGCCUCGGCAGAUAGUGCAGGUGGUGCGGAGCCGCUUGGAGGAGAAGCGUAUCCGUGUGCGGGAUGUGAGGCUGAACGGCUCGGCGGCCAGUCAUGUCCUGCACCAACACAGCGGGCUGGGCUACAAGGACCUGGACCUCAUCUUCCGGGCUGAUCUGAGCGGGGAUAAGGAGUUUCAGACCGUCAAGAACGUGGUGCUGGAUUGCCUCUUGGAUUUUUUACCAGAGGGGGUCAACAAGGAGAAGAUCACCCCGUUGACCCUGAAGGAAGCCUACGUGCAGAAGAUGGUGAAAGUUUGCAAUGACUCGGACCGUUGGAGUCUCAUCUCCCUGUCCAAUAACAGCGGCAAGAACGUCGAGCUGAAAUUCGUGGACUCGCUGCGCAGGCAGUUCGAGUUCAGCGUGGACGCUUUCCAGAUUAACCUGGACUCCCUCCUGCUUUUCUACGAGUGCUCCGAGAACCCCAUGUCCGAGCACUUCCACCCCACCAUCCUCGGGGAGAGCGUCUACGGGGACUUUGAGGAAGCCUUGGAGCAUCUGCAGCACAAAGUGAUCGCCACCAGGAACCCCGAGGAGAUCCGGGGCGGGGGGCUCCUCAAGUACUGCAACCUGCUGGUGCGAGGCUUCAGGGCGGCUUCCGAGAGUGAGAUGAAAGCCCUGCAAAGGUACAUGUGCUCCAGGUUCUUCAUUGACUUUUCGGACAUUGGCGAACAGCAGAGGAAGCUGGAGUCCUACCUGCAGAACCACUUCAUGGGGCUGGAGGACCGUAAGUACGACUACCUGAUGACCCUGCAGAGGGUGGUGAACGAGAGCACCGUCUGCCUGAUGGGACACGAGAGGAGGCAGACUUUGAACCUCAUCACCAUGCUGGCCCUCCGUGUCCUGGCCGAGCAGAAUAUCAUCCCCAAUGUGGCCAAUGUGACCUGUUACUACCAGCCGGCUCCUUACGUGACCGACGCCAAUUUCAACAACUACUACAUCGCCCAUGUGCAGCCUGUGUUUACCUGUCAGCAACAUACAUACUCGACCUGGUUACCUUGUAACUGAAAGGAGUAAAGGCUGAGAACGG